AAUACUAGUUCUUCUUAGGCGAACAUUUGUCUUAUCAGUGUUCUUCCUAACGAGUUUCCACUGUACAUGUUACCAAUUCAAGGUAUACCCAGAGUAUAAUCCACAGCCUAGACUAGAGGAAAUCAUAUCGAUUAUGAAGAUGGUAUUGUGGUGCGACCAUUGACAAAGUUAUCAACAUGUACAAUGUCUUGUACAUACAAUGUUUAAAAAGGCGAAGUGGAAGCAAUAAUCUUAAUAAUGCAAUGAAUAAGACUAUAUGCGCACUCAUAUCACAACCAUAGCAACGAAUAAAGCUAAAGUUCGUGACUAAAGUUUCAUCAUUCCAUUUAGUCACGAAUUCCAUUGAUAAUUGUGACAAGAAGACGUUCUGGAAUACUUUAUUCGUUGCUAUGGUUGUGAUAAUUAUGAGUGCGCAUAUAGUUUUAUUCAUUGCACUACAUACAAUGCGUAUCUAUAAAUCACAUGCUACCCUAUGGGGUCUCGUGCCCAUCAUGCAUUUGCAGUGCAGCUGGCAGUAUGCACUGCAAAUGCAUGCAUAUGGCUUGCGCCGGGUGGGAGCUCUCCCACUCUUCGAAAAGAACGCACCCUGCAUGUCCAUUCACACAGUUCCUACACUUGCAUAUUUCACCGUCCAAUGGCAAAAGUCUAUGCAAAGGAGGUGGUGUUUGCCAGCCAUGGCAAGAAAAGGAAAGACUAGGAAGAAAGAACAUAAUUAUCGGAAGAAAAUAACGCAUCCACAGGGGUGAAAUUUACUACUAUGUUGACUAUGGGGAUUACUCAUGUAUCACUACCUUUAAACUACAGUACGUUAUUGGUCGAUUGUAAAUUGCGCUGUUUUGUACCUCUUGAAUUCGAUAUACAGUAAAACUCCCCACAUCCGGGCAGGUUAGGACCCAGCACUUGGGAUGACCCACAACAGGAUGUGUGUAGAUGGAUGUGCCCAGAAUUGUCAUGCAUGAGGAGUACUGUAGGAGUUUGGCGUUCCGUAUUGUACAAUUCGUUUUCGCAAACCUUCCCCAUCUGCACUUAUCUUUGAUAUUUCUGAGCCAUCCAAGUUGGGUGGCGUGCUGCUUUGCUGCUUUGAAUUGUAUUUUGGCCGCUUUGUCAAGUAUCUUACUGGUCCCGUCAUCAUGGUCAUCGUCUAGUAACCAUCGACAUUCUCAACGUUUCCCCGGAUAGAUUAAACAUUUACUUACGGCAUCAGCGGACGUUCAGUUACACACCAGGCAAGAGCUGCGAAACAACGGGACCAGCCACUUGUAUGACGUGUACGAUAUUGAAGGCCUGGCCAUGGUCUUGACAUCCUACAUGGACGCAGGAGAGAGAGAGCGUUUUGCCAAGGAAGCAGCACUCCUGGUGGACUACAGAAUGCUAAAAAUCUACCAGACUCAUCUCAUGGACCAUAUGGACGACCACCAGGCGAGCAUCUUUGGCCAAGCUGGCCUGGACAAUGUGCAUGGUGUGCUCCACUGGCUGCAGACCCAUCACCAAUGCCCCACUCUCAACCGCCUCUACCAAGCUCUCGCCAAAGCAUGCCAACGCAAUGCGGGCGCAUUCUUCAACCAGCUAAGCCAUCCUGGCCUGGUACAUCAUAAUAUAUGCGACAAAGCAUAUGACCGCCCGAUUACGUUUAUACGCCGCUCAACUGAGUCCGGUGAUGAGUUUGUCGAUUCGGAGAGCGGCAGAGUCGUUUCAGGCGAUGUCGGCAGUUCGGUUCCGUGGGAAUCCUGUUACGGCGUGGCGCUAGCGCGUCCCGUCAACGGCCAACCGCCAGUACACGGCAACCACGCCCGGACGCCCAGUGUUCAUGCCGUGUUUGACAAGGUGUGCGCAGCCAGCAGCAGUGCAGUUAGAGACUACACACCAACACUACGGCGAGUAGCCGACAGAUGGCCAGCGACGACCUCGCUCACAUCACCCUAUGACUAUCCAAAGCCGCCACGCCAAGCACAGUUAUCAGCUGGCAAUCACAUGACUCGGUUUCAGCCAUCUCCCUCCCAUGGCACCGGGCAUCGAUCCGAGAUGCGGCCUUGCACUGGUCCUCCACCUAUCACUAGCACACACGCUGCUUCGGAUAGCAGAGCAUGGCAUGAUGAGCGGGCGGGCGGACCCAUCAGAGUGCGUAAGCGCUAUUGGCAAAGGUGAAGGCGAAGCAAUCUCCAUCGUCGUGGCAAUUCACUUGGAUUAAUAUGACUUGUAAAUUCGUAUUCUUCUCUACUCUCAAUUUUGAGUACAAAUACUUUUAAAAUUAUGUUAUCAUAAGGGCAUGGUCGUUCUCUUUUUUCAUUGAUUCCUGAUGAUGGGCCUUGCCCGAAAAUUUGAACUAAUGUAUAUCAAUUGCAGUGUAGCCUAGAGACCGUUAGAGAGAGUGUGUACAAGGUGUGUGUACAGAAUGUAUGGAUUCAAGUAUUGGCUACAGUGGAGUCUCCGAACCUUGAGAAAAGUGAUUCCGUGUUCAUAAUAAUAACUUUUAUUUUUAUUGUGAUUCAUCUGAAAUUUCACCACAACGCUCAUGCAUA